AUGUCUAACCAGUCAGUUGAUGGUUUUCAGGGUUCUCAACCCUUUAUAUCAGAUAAUGAAUACAAGAGUUUAUCUUUGGAUCAAUUAAGAUAUAUAUUAAACCAGAAGAAAAAAACAAUAAAAGAUAGUUAUAAGGAAUUAAGUGAAAAAGAAAAAAUAAUUCGAGAUAUAAGAAAACUAGAUAAACUUAAUGAAAAAGUAAAACAAGGAAUAGAUAUAAAGAAGAAAUAUAAGAAAAAGAAAGCUACCACCAAAACGGCAGCUCCCUCUAAAAAGAAAAAAAUAAAAACAUUUGAUGAGUAUUUUGAGGAAUGUAUAAAAAAUAAAAAGAUUCCCAAAGAUACUCCAAGUUAUUUACGAGAAGCUCUUGAACGCGCUAUGCGAGAAUAUGACCAAGGUCUUGUAAAAGAAAAAUCAUCUCUUGAAGGUUUUGCAAAUAAGUACACGAUUGAAGGAAUUUUUGGUUUUGAUCCAAUACAGUUUUUUCAACAUUUAAAUGAAACUUUAGUUGAUUUUUUUACUUAUCAUAGAAAUAUAAAAUUUAGGUUACUUUUAGUUUGCAUGAUGGAAAAACAAGAAACAAAUAAAACUACUGGUAUUUUUAACAUAGAAGAAGGAAAGGCUUAUUUUAAUUCACCUACUUUUACUAAUUUAAAAUCAGAUGAUGUUGAAGAAUUAAUUUAUCGAAGUAGAGAAUCUAUUUUAGGCCAAAUGGAAAUGUAUGCAGAAAAAGGAAGUAAUUGGACUUUUAAGGAGGUGGUAAAACUAGAAAUUCAUACCACUGAAUUUAAUCCAACAAAGGGCUCAUCUUACAUUGAUCUUCCAGAUUGGAUAAAAAAUAAAAAAGCAAUUGUUAAUAUUAAAAAUAAAGAUGACAAAUGCUUUCUUUGGUGUAUACUUAGAUAUCUUCAUCCAAAAGAAAGAGAUGAAGAAAGAAUAAAUGAUUUAAAGAAGUAUGAGUUUUCACUUAACACAAAAGGUAUUACUUUUCCAAUGAGUGUAAAUAAUAUCACCCAAUUUGAGAAGCUUAAUCCAGAACUUCCAGGAAUAAAUGUUUUUUCUGAAGAUGAUAAAAAUGAUAUUUAUCCUUUGAGAGAUGCAAAGAGAGAUUGUAAAAAUACUAUUGAUUUAUUUUUGUAUGAAGAAGAUGGUGUCUCACAUUAUACUCUAAUUAAAAAUUUUCAUAGGUUAAUAAGGUCUCAAAAAACUAAAAGUAAGGAUGGUAAAAUAUUUAUUUGUAAGAGAUGUUUUAGUCAUUACACUAAAGAAGAAUUACUAGAAAAACAUAUUAAAUAUUGUUCUAACAAUCAAACAGCACUUAUAAAUAUGCCCAAACCAAAUACAUAUUUAUAUUUCAAAAAUUAUUAUAAACAACUUCCUAUUCCUUUUGUAGUUUAUGCAGAUUUUGAAUGUUUUACUAAACCAAUGAGUACCUGUAGUCCUAAUCCAAAAGAAUCUUAUAAUUACAACUAUCAAAAACACGAGCCAUCGGGAUUUUGUUUUUAUAUCAAAGGUAUUGUUGGUCAAUUUAAACCAAUAAUUUAUACAAAAACAUCUGAAGAUGAAGAUAUAGCAAAAGUAUUUGUGAAAAAAAUUGCAGAAGUAACUAAAGGUAUUUAUAACGAUUUUUAUCGAAGAGCAAAACCUCUUAGACUAACUAGAGCAGAACAAAAAUCAUUUGAUGAAGCAGAAACUUGUCAUAUUUGUAACAAAGAAUUAAGAGAGGAUAAAGUUAGAGAUCAUUGUCAUUUUACAGGUCAGUAUCGUGGAGCAGCACGUAACAGUUGUAAUUUGCAGUGUAAAAAACCAAAAAUAUUACCAGUUAUAUUUCACAAUCUUCAGGGAUAUGAUGCUCAUUUGUUUAUAAAGCAACUUGCUAGAUUAGAGGGUGAUUUAAAUUGUAUUCCAUCUACAGAAGAAAAAUAUAUUUCCUUUUCAAAAAGUAUUAAAGUUGGUGAGUAUUAUUGCUUAAAACUUGGAAAAAUGUGCCCAGUAAAUUUUGAAAUACGAUUUUUAGAUUCAUUUAAGUUUCUUCAAACAUCACUUGCCAAUCUUGUUUCAAAUUUAUCCCCAGAUGACUUUAAUAAUACAAAACAAGUAUUUAAGAGAAAUACAGAACUACUGACUCGUAAGGGAGUUUAUCCUUAUGACUACGUUUCAUCACUUGAAAAACUAUCCGAAACACAAUUACCUCCUAAAGAGGAAUUUUACUCCCGUCUUAAUGAUGAAGAAAUUACGGAUGAUGAUUACCAACAUGCUAUUAAUGUUUGGAAUACUUUUAAAUGUAAAACAAUAAGAGAUUAUCACAAUCUUUAUUUAAAGUCUGAUGUACUACUUCUAGCAGAUGUAUUUGAAAACUUUAUUAACUCUCUACGAAUGUAAAUAGAUAAAACUACAACAAUCAAGUCUGGGGUAAACAGGGAAGGGCUCCGAAGUGAACCCUUCCAUUUAAUAACAUUUGCCCAACUGAGACGGUCAAGAUACAGCAAAUGUACAAAACAGGAAUACAUGGAAAACGUGACAACAACAACAACAAAAAAAAAAGAAAACUAAAAAGGGGGGAAGGGAGGGCAGCGAAGUAACGAUCUGUAAAAGCACAUGGCGAAAGAACUGCGUAGAGCGCAUGACAAAGAAAUAAACUAGUGCCAGUCCUCCCCCCCCCUUCGGCUAGAGUUAAAUACAAAUACAUGCAAUUAUUUUAGACUUAACUCUCUACGAAUGUAAAUAGAUAAAACUACAACAAUCAAGUCUGGGGUAAACAGGGAAGGGCUCCGAAGUGAACCCUUCCAUUUGCCCAAGGGAGGCACGACCUAACCCCAGACAAAAGUCUCCAUGAGGGAAAAAAAAAAAAAAAUCUAAACAAACGAAGCGAGACGCUUAACUGCUAACAUUCUGUCUUUAACUGGGAUGUGGAUAUAAGACCUAUAAGCAUCUGACUGCCAGUCUCCUAAACGCUUAAUCAGUUCUGCAGGGAUUUGAGCUUGAAAAGCCAGAGUAGUCCCGCCCGAGCGAAAACUAUGUCCACUAACUUGAGACGGGUCCAAGUUCGUCUUGGCUGCUACUAGUUUUAGAAGGCAGUCAAACUUUCCAUAAGUCAGAGGAGUCAGGCCCCCCUCCGUGGAUGCUGGGAUGAUAAAGGCUGGGCCCGAUAAAGGUGCUGGUACCAAGCCAAAGGCAUGUCUGAGAGCGGAAUAAGGGCAGAGUGGAUGUGGAGCAAUGCGAGGUAACGGAACAGUUAAAAUGCGCUGACUAAAUUGGAUGGUCUUCGACCAUCGAUUGAUAAUCAUGGCCCAGUCAUUGAAGAAGAGGAUAUCUCCUCGACGCAGGUGUUUGGAUGGGUCAAACUUUGUUGAUCCUUUGGAUAGCAAAUUCGCCUUACGAAGGAGGCCAAAGAACGCUACGAGGCAAACUGCCCAGAAGGUUGCAUGUAAAGGGCUGUCCAAAUGCAAAUGACUCUUGAAGGCUAAUAGGAUCUGGGGUGUAAUCGGCUUCUUUUGGGACACUGUUAACCUUUUACACGCUUGAUUCCUCGAAGUGUAGAUGCCAAUUGAAAAUUGUUUUUGGUUGGGUCAGACAGACCAUGUUCAAGGUGUAGAAUGCGAAUCGCAUUUAAAUAGGCUGGGAUGGAGGAUGCUGAGAGUGACCUUGCUAGAAAAGCUGCAUAGCGAUUAAGGGUUAAUGUUGCUGCUGGGAGAGGUUGGUAGCCGUAGUAUACACAAAAGGAGAGGUAUGAACGCAUUUGACUCAUGUAGGUGGACUUGGUAGUAGGUGCAUAUGAUUGACGCCGGAAAUUGGUGACUUCACGGUCAAGUUGCUGCUGAUCCCUUGGAUCUAAGGAGAGCAAGAGACAAUGGCGACAUGUGAGAUUCGAAGUCAUUUGAUCUAGAGGAUUUGGAGAGCCAUGCUUGGAACGUUGGCCAGUAGUGCACAUCAUUAAGGCGUGAAAUACUAUCUGCUAGAGUGUUGGUUGCUCCUGGAAUGUGCUUGACGAACAAACUGAAGUUGUAAUACUCCUUAAGCCAAAACAGAGAACGAAUCCAGUCCAUGAUCACCAGGCAACAGGUUGAGCCUUUGUUCAGAAUGGCUGCAGCCACCUGACUGUCUGUUUUGACGACUACUCGAUGACCUGACCAGAAAGGUGCCCAACGGUGUGCAGCUAAAACAAUGGUAAAUGUCUCCUUGUAAUUGAUAUGGAGAGAGCAUAGAGAUGGGUAGUCCAAGGCCCAGUUGACGUACAUCCAGUCUGGUGCCCAUAGGCACCCCCCGCCAGACAGGGAGGCAUCAGUAAGCACUGCUGCAGGAAGUUCAGGGAUGGCUGAGGGGAAUAAAGUUUUACAGUUGUGUGCAGGCAGGAGGCGGGUCCACCACAUGAGGUCAGCUCUCGCAUUUAGGUUAAGAUAGACGCGAUGGUGCGGACGUUUAACCGAGUUUGCCAAGGUGAUAAGUCGUCUGAGAAAUGUGCGGCCCCCUCGAACAACACGUGCUGCCCAAUUAAGCUUGCCAAGGAGUCGUUGGAGGUGAAGCUUGGUACAUUUGCUUUUAUAGCUUGUUUCCUUGAGAAGGGAUAACAACUCUGACACACGAUCGUCUGAGAGGCGGAGUUCACACUGAACAGUGUCGAUUUCAACUCCAAGAAAAAUCAGGCACUGGGUAGGGUAGACAACUUUGCUCCAGUUGAUAGUGAAGCCAAGAGACUCUAGCAAGUUGAACAGGGUGUCAAAAGCUACUUUGCACUGAAGUUGGGUUGGUUCGAUGAUAAGGAAGUCAUCAAGAUAUGCCAGCACAGUAUACCCUCUCCGGGCCAUCAUACGACAGAUCCCUUGUGUGAGGCGGUGAAAAACCAUUGGUGAGGCCCUGGCUCCAAAUGGUAGACGCUUAUCAUAGAGGUAGGUGGGGUGUUUUGAGUCGUUGAAGCGCCACGACAUUCCUGUAACUUGCCAGCUAUCGGGGUGUGUUCCAACGCUUCUGUAGGCAUGUUUUAAGUCAACUUUUGCCAACCAACAACCAGGUUGACAGAGAUUUGCUGCAUCAUCAACGGUAACAUACUUGUAGUGUUCUAAAUCCAUAUAUGAGUUAGCAUUCAUCGAUAAUUGGCAUGUUGGUCUUGACUGCGAUAGCAAAGUGGUCUUGUCGGAGACCUUUGAUUAAUUGCGCUUCAAUUUGAUCUUUAGCUCCAGGUCGCAGAGCAGACUUAUUGUUUUGUGUAAAAGCAUGUGAAACCAUUAAAUCAGGCGAGAGGAGCUGAAAUCCAUUUUUAACACCAUCCAAGAUAAAUUCCAAGUCCGGGUCAUUGGUUAGCUCUGUUGCCCAGGUCUCAAAAACUAAGUCUGUGGAGACCUGGGCUGCUUGGGGCUGCUGCUUAAAUUCUGAAAAGGGCCCUGCAUGAAUGGGUAAACUUUCCCCACACUCUGCGGGAAGUGGUGUCCUUAAGACGGGAUUAGUCCCUGCGUUUAACAAUGUGGUCGAGACAUCUCCUGCUAGUUCUGUAGUCAAAAUACUAUUUGGAGGGAGCUCUGCAGUUGAGUGUGGGUUCAGUAUUGGGGGUCUUGAGCAGUAGCAGACUGGUGCUGCCAUUGUGGGUGGGUUCCCAAGCACUGAGGUUUGAUGCAAACAUGAUCAUAUUUACAUGAAGAGGCAAAGCGGCACCCUUCACGCCGUUGGUAAUCAUAGCAAACUUGCUUUCCUGUUGCUGGGUUUAGGACUGGGCGGGACGUUUUGCGAGGAGAUAGCCGCGGCGGUGUGGGAGUUGGAUCUGGUCUGUGGAGAGUUUGGUGGGAGAUGAACUGGCUGUCAGUACCCCAUUUACAGUUUGUCGAAAACUGCAUUCUGCGGUACAAAUCAUCAUAUUGCAUCACUUUCGGUAAGGGGUAACACUUGGCUAGCUCAGAUAUCUUUGAACUGUACAUAAUGUAAUGAAGGAUGUCUUGGGUGGACGAUAGAGACCCAUCUGACAUGAGAGUAUGCAUAAUACGAAAGUUAGCCGCUGACCAUUGUGGGAAUGAGAUUUUGUCAAGAGGCAGGUUCUUUUAUCAAAGACUCAACCUGACUCAGUUCGCGUUUGACUGCUUCGCUCAUCUGUUGAGGUGUUGCCGAUUCUGCCGCCAGGUCAUCCGUGACGAAAUCUUGUAGUUUUUUCGGAGGUUUUGUGCUCCUGCUGCUCUUUCUAGUCGCCAUAGUGUAAACAUCGGCAACAAUGCACCAUAAGAAAACGAUUCAGGAAAAAUAAACGUGAGUUCAGCGAAGUAACGAUCUGUAAAAGCACACGGCGAAAGAACUGCGUAGAGCGCAUGACAAAGUAAUAAACUAGUGCCAGUCCUCCCCCCCCCCUUCGGCUAGAGUUAAAUACAAAUAAAUGCAAUUAUUUUAGACGAAAAACUUGUCUCAAACAUUACAAAUUAGAUCCAGCUCAUUAUUACACAUCCCCUGGUUUAGCUUGGGAUGCAUGUCUAAAAGAAACAGGUCAACAACUACAGUUUCUACAUGAUUAUGAUAUGUUAAUGAUGUUUGAGCGUGGUAUUCGUGGUGGAAUAACUCAUAUAUCAAAAAGAUAUGCAGAAGCAAAUAACAAAUAUAUGAAAAAUUAUAAUCCUAAUAAGGAGUCUAGUUAUAUUCAAUAUCUAGAUGCAAACAAUCUUUACGGUUGGGCAAUGUCUCAAAAUCUUCCUACACAUGGAUUUAAAUGGAUGAGGAAUUUAAUAAAAGAAAAGGUAAUGGAAAUUCUAGAGAAAGCAAAUCAUAGUAUGUCAAAUCUUGGGAGAAAAGGAUAUAUAUUUGAAGUUGAUUUGGAGUAUCCUCCCCACCUAUGGGAAACACAUAAUGACUAUCCCUUAGCACCUGAGAAGAUGAUUGUUAAUGGUGUUGAAAAACUAAUUUGUCAUUUCAAACCCCGAAAAAACUAUGUUGUUCACUAUCGAAAUCUUAGACAAUACCUUGAAAUGGGUAUGAGAAUAACUGCUGUUCAUAGAGGAAUAUCAUUUUAUCAAAGUUCUUGGAUGGAACCAUAUAUAAGAAAGAAUACAGAACUUCGAAAAACAGCAGCCAACAAUUUUGAGAAAGACUUUUUCAAACUAAUGAAUAAUAGCGUUUUUGGUAAAACAAUAGAAAACAUAAGGAAAAGGCAAAAUAUAGAACUUGUUGAUAAUCGUAAGAAAGCUGUCAAACUAACAAGUAGACCAAACUUUGAUAGAGCAACAAUAUUUGAUAAAAAUCUUAUUGCAGUCUAUAUGAAAAAGACUGAAGUGUAUUUCAAUAAACCAGUAUAUGUUGGUCAAGCAAUUUUAGAUUUAUCAAAAACAUUAAUGUUUGAUUUUCACUAUAACUACAUCAAAAAGAAAUAUGGAAACAAAGCUGAGUUAUUGUUUACAGACACGGACAGCCUAAUGUUUCAGAUUUACACAGAUGAUUUUUACAAAGAUAUAUCCCAUGACAUACUAACUAAGUUUGACACUUAUGAUUAUCCUCCUAAUCAUCCAUCUGGAAUACUAACAGGAGUUAACAAAAAAGUGAUAGGGAUGUUUAAAGAUGAAGUAGCAGGAAAACAAAUAACUUGUUUUGUUGGAUUGAGACCCAAACUUUAUAGUUUUAAAAUUGAAGAAGAUAAAGAAGUUCGUAAAUGUAAAGGAAUAAAGAAAAAUGUUAUAAAAAAGAAAUUAGAUUUUGAUGACUAUGUUAAAUGUUUAUUCACAGGAAGAAAAGAAAUGAGAAAGAUGAAAAUUAUAAGAAGUGAAAAACAUGAUAUAUAUUCAAAAGAGGUCAACAAAGUAGCACUAAGUAAUGAAGAUGAUAAACGCGAAUCACUCUUGGGAAAGGUAAAAACUUUAGCUUUAAGGUAA